UAUCAGAGCAGUGUUGGCGCACUCCGGCGGCUGCCAUAUUGUGAUUCAGCUGACAGCUGACGAAACCAGUUUUAAUCUAAAUAUCUACAAGAAAUUCCAAGCAACAGGUCGGCCUCAUCGGGUACCUGUUAAGCAUUCCUCCACACGGAUAUCUUACUGACAGUGAUUGAAGCUCGUUCUCCAAGUGACCAAGAUCAGUGAUGGACGUGCUAGUGAUCGGCUGUGGAGCUUCAGGAGUGGCAGCUCUAAGGAAGCUGCAUGAUGCUGGGUUGAAGGUCCUGGGCCUCGAAGCUGACGACAGGAUCGGUGGCAGGAUCAAGAGCAUCCCAUAUGGCGACUGCUAUCUUGACGUGGGCGCUGCUUGGUGCCAUGGCGAGAAGGAGAACAUAGUGUUCGAGAUGGCAAAUCCUCUGGGUCUACUGGGAAGACCGAAGCCAGACCACAAGUGGUAUGUCCAGUCCAACGGAGAGCUUCUGUCUGCUGAUAAUUGUGAAAAUAUCCUGAAGGCAUUAGAUGAUGAGGUAGCGGCAGCUAAAAAGGAUGGUGCGACAUCUAUUGCGGAUUGUGUAAGAACUGCAGCAAAAAGAAAUCCUGCUUUGAAGAGAGACUCAAAAUUGACCCAAAGUUUCGUUGAAUGGUUUGAGAAGAACAACCACUUAGGGGGUCAGAGAGAACCCUGCACUGCCAAGUCACUGCGGGGUCUGGUAGAGAACUGGGGUUGUGAAGGAGAGUUCAUGCUUAACUGGAAAGGAAAGGGGUAUAAAACAAUAUUCGAUAUCUUAUUGAAUAAAUAUCCCGACCCAUCGAAAGAGAUCCCGAUUCAAAUCCAUUUCAAGAAAGAGGUAGAAACAAUAAAAUGGAGGUCGACGCAAGGAACGGAGGCGGGAAGUCCACUCGUGCAGGUGAAGUGUACAGAUGGAAGCUUGUAUACGGCAAGGAGUGUGAUUGUGACCGUGUCCUUGGGAGUGUUGAAAGAGAGACACCACCACCUAUUCAACCCACGACUUCCCGAGGAAAAGAUCAACACAAUAAACAGUCUUCAGCUGUGCGUUCUCGAUAAAAUCUACAUCGAGUUCACCAAAGCGUGGUGGCCUGAAUUCCCCGGAUGUUUCACCAUCCUGUGGCGCGAAGAAGACAAGGGCAAGUUUUCUGGUGCUGAUGAAUGGAUCACAGAGAUAUCAGGCUUUAACACGGUGGAGUACCAUCCCAACUUGCUGCUAGCUUGGAUCUAUGGAACGGCUGCCGAGAAAAUGGAGAAACUCAGCGUGGAUGAAGUGAAAGCUGGUUUGCAUAAGCUCCUUGAAAUGUUUAAGAAGCAGUUCAAAGUCACCCCCAUCAAAUGUAUCACAAGAACACAAUGGGCAUCCAACCCGCUUGCAAGAGGAUCGUAUUCAUACCGCAGUGUUGCCACUGAACAAAAUGGCGCCAGCGCAACAAUUCUUGGCAAGCCAUUAUACCACGGAAAUAAUUUCCCGGUAGUUUGUUUCGCCGGGGAAGCCUCGUCCCACCACAGACACGCGUCCGUUCACGGAGCAGUUGAAGCCGGAUUUAGGGAAGCGGCACGAUUGAUCGAUACUUUUAACAAUAAAACUUAUUUAUAAUUAAUUAUCAACCCGCGCUACAAUCGAAUAUGCUUGGCUUUUUAUUUAACUUGAAUAAUAAUUGUACGAAUUACUCUACGAACAAUAUUUGCCCUCCUUACUUAAGUAUAAUUUUCUUUCCUAACUAACUUCGUAUCGAUGAAAUAUCUAUCUGAUUUGUAAUUAGGUAUUACUUUACUAAAUUUGUAUUUAGCAAGCCAAUGAUUUUUUAAAUCAUUAUAUAUUUCAAUGUAAUUGGUGUUUAGUUUAAAAAUUGAUGUCAUGUAACAACCGUUCUUAAAUAAAGUACUUACUACUACUACUUGGAUAUUUAAAUUUAGAUUUCUUUAUUAUAGUUUAUUGUACAAUGUGUUGAGACGAGACAUCUCUCCCAAGGGUGCUAUAUGGAACUGUCAGGACACAAAUGUUUAAACAAUCAUAUUAUAUAGUUAUAUAUACAUAACUAUUAUGUUUAUCAUUAUAUUUUAUAAAUGUGGUAAAGGUGUUAUUUUAUUGCAAAUAAAAACAUAUUAUUUUUGAA